ACCUACCACAGGCAGUGCCCCUUAUGGAAGUUAGAUACUAAUUUUGUUCUCUCUAUUACCAUUAAAUCCAGUUUUGCCAGCCUCAGAUCUGCAUUGUUUAUCUGACCAUCAGUGAGUUGUGUAGAGCUAUGGGGCUCCCCAGUGCCAGCCUGUUCCCCAUCUUCUACCAUCCCAUAGCUGUACUCCUCUGUGCUGCAUCCUGCAUCCCCAGAGCUCAAGGCACCUGCUAUUGUACCAAACUUGUACUUCUACACACUGUUCUGUGUCUGAGUGAAAAAUGUCUCAUUCUGCAUAGAAUGGGGGAAACUAAGGGAGUGACCGCUUUGACAUGCUGUCGUGGCACCUCAGGCAUUUCUGUCUCUGUGCAAAUCCUGUCCUCUGUAAGUACUUCUGUCCCUCUGAGUGGCUGCACUCUACUUGACAAUUUCACAAGAAGCCAGCAGGACCCCAGCACAGUACAUCAGUGCUUUCUCAGCUCAGCCCUGAAGCUCAGCCCAGGAAGCCAACACGUUCAUGUAGGCAUGAGCAUUAGAGAAGAGGAAACAUACAUUUAAAUCCAAACAGGCUCAUCUUGAAGAAAACAUUGGUUUUCAAUGCAGCUAUGAAUUAAGAAAAUACAAAAGGAAUUUGAGUGCUUCUUCAGAAGAGAAAGUCUGGGAAAAAGAAGUACUGAGAAGGAGAAGAAGUGCCACCAUAGCUUCAACAUUUCAUUUGGAGGAGCCUGGGGUCAUCCCAGUGUUCUUGCUGAGAAUCACCAGCUGAUAAGAAGCAGCCAGCAAAUUCAGCAUGACAGAGGUGUACGCAGAAGUCACAACUGAAUACAUUUACGAUGAACAUGCUUUCUCCUGCAAUAAAACUGACAUCCAAGAGUUUGGGAAAAUAUUUCUGCCGCUCUUUUACAUCGCAGUGUUUGCUCUUGGCCUCACAGGGAAUCUAAUGGUGGUUUUUGCCAUUGUGAAAGGCAAUAAAAAAAGCAUCACUGACAUCUAUCUCCUGAACUUGGCUAUCUCUGACCUUCUCUUCGUGAUCUCCCUCCCGUUCUGGGCAUCCAACACGGUCCGUGGAUGGACCCUUGGGACUACUGCAUGCACAGCUGUUUCCUCACUGUAUUACAUUGGUUUCUUUGGGGGGAUGUUCUUUAUCACUGUUAUCAGCGUUGACAGGUACUUGGCCAUUGUCCGGGCAACUUAUUCUCUGAGGUCCAGAACAGUAAGACAUGGCUUUCUUGUAAGCUGCGGAGUGUGGGCAAUAGCGGUUCUGGUGUCGGUGCCACAAUUUGUGUUCUCCCAGCUCAUAGAAAAUUACUGCGUUGCUGUCUUCCCAGAGAAGCUGGAGAACAUCUGGCCAGUGUUCUGCAAUAUGGAGCUGAACACCAUUGGCUUUCUCAUCCCGGUCUGUAUCAUAUUCUAUUGCUACUGUGGGAUCAUCAAAACCCUCCUGUCCUGCAAAAAUCAGAAAAAAGCCCGAGCCAUAAAACUGAUAUUGGUUGUGGUGGUGGUUUUUUUUCUGUUUUGGUCCCCCUACAAUGUACUGAUUUUUCUAGAUACUUUAAAUCACUAUGAAUUAUUCACAGAUUGCAACCAAAUUAAGUCACUGGACUAUGCAAUGCACCUGGCUGAAACCAUUGCAUUCAGUCAUUGUUGUCUCAAUCCUUUUAUCUAUGCCUUUGCUGGGGAAAAAUUCAGGAAAUACCUUUAUCAGGUCUGCUUGAAGUACUGUCCAUUCCUGUGUUUCUGUGGGCCCUGCAGUCAUUACCAGGUCUCUCAUUCAGUUAGUUAUGCAGAAAGUGUGGUGAACAGCAACAUAACCCAGAACACCAGCGACCAGGACGGCUCUGUCUUUGUCUAAAAGGAUCUCAGAAGGAGAAAUGUGUCAAUAUUUGUCUCCUGCAGGGACAGCAGCCACUGAGGGGUUGCAUUUACCUGUAUGAAGAGCCUUAAAGGCUGCACUGAAUUACUGACAUGCCUCUAGUUAAGCAUUAAAUAUUCUAAAACAGCAAAGAUUUAAAAAAACAAAAGAAAUACAACAUGUCAGUGUUGGACAUGGAAUGGAAUCAAGAGCAAGGAAGAGGGAAAGUAGAAACAAAAGGAGCCCUCUGUGCCUAGAAAAGGAAGAGGGUAGGGAACCUUUUGAACAGAUCCACGACUGGAAUUUGUGCAUGUGUCAGUGUAUGUUCAUGUGAUACUGAUGUACAUAGACCUAAACUCGUUUUUUAUAAGGGAAGAGAAAUCUCUUUAAUGAGCAGUGGCUAACUUUUAGGAGAGGGGAAUAUUUUUGGUAGUAAAGAUGUGUAUUUUUGAUGCUAUAUAUCCAUAAGGAAGUGAUUUUGUGGUUAUUGAUUGCAACAGAUGUUUUAACUGUGCUUUCAUAUGUAAUAAAAUCCCACUGUUUAAAAAAAA